CUCAGCAGCCACCUGCUGCAGCCGCCCGCCCACGCAGCGACAUGGCUGGCAAAGCACACAGACUGAGCGCAGAGGAGCGGGACCAGCUGCUGCCAAACCUGCGGGCUGUGGGGUGGAACGAACUGGAGGGCCGUGAUGCCAUCUUCAAACAGUUCCAUUUUAAAGACUUCAACAGGGCUUUUGGGUUCAUGACAAGAGUGGCCCUGCAGGCUGAGAAGUUGGACCACCAUCCCGAAUGGUUCAAUGUGUACAACAAGGUCCACAUCACCCUGAGCACCCAUGAGUGUGCGGGCCUUUCAGAACGGGACAUAAACCUGGCCAGCUUCAUCGAACAAGUAGCAGUGUCCAUGACUUAGACCUUGUCCUUUGAUUCCCUUCACGGGGAGGGCACGGAGAAGCCUCUGUUCCCGAGACUUCCUGCCUCUGUGUAGGGAUCAGGCCUUGUUGUAGGAAGAUGCCAGCAUCACCAUGCCACCUGGAACGAGGACUUUUUCCCAUGCAUGUCUUUGUCCUCUGGGCUGUUAUGUUACACUAAUUUGAAUAAGCUCUCCCCUUUCCUUACAACUUUUCCAUCACAGUAAUGAUUUCCUAACAGGUUGUCCAGCUUCCUUUCAAACUCAUUUACCA